GUGCUCCUGCUGCUGCAUUUUGCGUGCCGUCUGAUCCUUUCUUUUUUCCUCCGCGUGCAACGGGCAUCGAACGAUUGUGGGUUUCGGUAAUUUCGACAAGCUCUGCACCACUACUUCUCGUGUUUCACCUGCAUUUCGGACUUGGUUGCGGGCGUGUUUGCUUGUCUAAUUCCUAACGCGCAUCCGACCCUCGGCCUGCGUUACCUUCCCCCUCAUUUCGGGGCUCGACUUCCAGGGUCCAACCGUCACUCUCCUACAACUCCCCGCCGCCCACAAAUUCGCAGUCAUGCUUUCGCAACGUGUGGUUCGCGCUGCGACGGCCGCGCCGACGAUAAGGACAUUUACAACUUCGCUCGCGGCCCGGAGCGGGCGCACGCCAGCCCUAGGCGAUAUCCAGCCCGGCCAGCACGAGAACUUCAACAGCCGGCAGAAGACGUUCCGGGCGCAGCUUGUGGAGGCACAGAAACAGCGGGAAGCCAGUGGGUCUGCCUCGUCGUCCCCUUUCUCAUCUUCUAGCAUCUCCUCUUCCUCCUCGGCCCAGGGCCUUGGAUCGCUGAGCACUGCGGCGACCGGAACAGGGAACGCAGCACGCGCUGCUGAGCAUGAGCCUCCGCGCAAGCCGGGCCGGCUGACCAACCUUAUCUACGGCACCAAGGAGGGCCGCGAGCUGGACGCCCAGAUUGAAGCCAGCUUUAGCCAGAUACUCGCCCGUGGCAAGUACGUGCACUCGAUCGAGUUUCACGAAGUCAAGCCCGACUGCGUCGACGAGUACGUUGAGCUCAUCGGAAAUUGGUAUCCGCGCGUGGCCAGCUCGCCUGAGAAUAAGGUUCAUCUGGUCGGGAGCUGGCGCACCGAGGUGGGCGACUGCGAUACGUUUGUUCAUAUCUGGGAGUACCAGCGCUACCAGGGCUUCCACGCCUCGCUCAACACCAUCUCGCGCAAUCCAGAGUUUCCCGACUUCGACAAGAAGCUGCGGAGACUGAUCCACAGCAAACGCAUCUCGCUUAUGCAAGAAUUCAGCUUCUGGCCGACAUCGCCGCCUCGCCAGCUGGGCGGUCUUUUCGAGCUGCGCUCGUACAAGCUGCACCCGGGCAACCUGCUCGAAUGGGAAACACAUUGGCGUCGCGGGCUUAAGGCGCGGCGCGAAGUGAUGGAGGGUGUGGGAGCGUGGUUCGUCCAGAUUGGCGAACUCAACACGGUCCACCAUCUCUGGCAAUUUGCCGAUCUCGAGGAACGCAAGAUCCGCCGUGAGAAGAGCUGGAGCAUAGAAGGCUGGGCUGAGACGGUACACAAGACGGUUCCGCUGAUUCAGGAGAUGAAGAGCCGCAUUUUGGUGCCCAUGCCGUGGUCGCCCGUGGCUUAAGUCGGCAAAAUCUGGCGAACAGCUGCUGCCGCCUCAACAUCAGGCGUUCACCGAACACGGUAUGGCAAACCGUGGACAUGUAUAUAGCCUGAGUCUUCAUCUCUCUUGUCGUCCUGUCUGAUAUCUAGUGAUUCGCUUGGAGUCGCGCAGCACAGUCAUUGGGCGUUGUCCAUUAAGUUGAUCGGGGAAUAUGGUGCAACAAUGCAAUUUACAGUCUCAAAUUACAAAA